UAUGGAGACGGUUUGAAUGCCAUAAUUGUGUUCGCUGUGUGCUAUAUGCCUGAAAGCAGUCAACCAAAUUACAGAUACAUCAUGGACAAUUUAUUCAAGUAUGUCAUCGGCACACUUGCUUUGGUUGCUGAGAACUAUAUGAUUGUGUAUUUGAACGGGGCCACCUCAAGGAAAAAGAUGCCAACUGUCGGCUGGCUCAGAAAGUGUUAUCAGCAGAUUGACAGGAGGCUAAGGAAGAACUUGAAGUCUUUGAUAAUCGUUCAUCCCUCCUGGUUUAUUCGCACGCUGCUGGCACUCACAAAACCUUUCAUAAGCACCAAAUUUAGUCAGAAACUCCAGUAUGUGUUCAGCUUGACAGACCUUGCAGAACUGGUUCCAAUGGAGUAUGUGUCCAUACCAGAUUGUAUCAAAGAGUUUGACGAAGAAAAAAAUAGGAAAAGCCGUAAAAGAAUCGACCAGGACGCGCACGGCAAAGUGGAGAUCGCAGCGGCUGCUGUUCCAGAGUGACCCUGCUAGCCCGCACGAUGUGGAGGAGGAAAACGACGGAGAAUGUUUCAAACAGCCACUCGUAUGUUUAUGUUCUGGGCAACGUGACUGAAGACUUGUUUGCAUCAUGAAGUGCCUUUUUGAAACUGUGCUGCCUGUUACAUCGUGGGACUUUUCACAGCUUGAUCUUCAGCGUUCUUCCACUUGCUGUCUGAAAUGUUUUUAAUCUUAUUUUUAUUUACUGCCAAUAUAUCAUGUCCAACUUA